GUCUGUCUGUAGAUCCAGAGUUUGGCUCCGGUGGGCGCGCCCCCGGCUGCGUGACGUCACUGGUGUGAAGAAGAUGGCGGCGCUCGUGGAGGCGGAAGUGUUGCAGUUUCGUCCUCCCUGGAAAGUGUGACUGCCUCCUGCAGACCAGAGGAGUGUGUGAACUUCACCAUGAACAACAAGGAUACGACCACAGAGUCCGAGACCAGCGGUCAGAUGAAAGUGUUUUUACCCAAUAAGCUGCUGGAGUGUUUGCCUCGCACCCCCACUUUACCCAAAGAGAGACUGCACUGGAACACCAACGAGGAAAUUGCAUCGUUCCUGAUUUCGUUCGACAGACAUGACGAGUGGCUUUCUUGCACGCUUAAGACCAGGCCACAGAACGGUUCAGUCAUCCUGUACAAUCGCAAGAAGGUCAAAUACCGGAAAGAUGGAUAUUGCUGGAAGAAGAGGAAGGACGGAAAGACGACCAGAGAGGAUCACAUGAAGCUGAAGGUUCAGGGCAUGGAGUGUCUUUACGGUUGUUAUGUUCAUUCCUCCAUUGUCCCAACAUUCCACAGGAGAUGCUAUUGGCUGCUGCAGAACCCAGACAUUGUUCUAGUGCACUAUCUGAACGUGCCGUCGCUGGAGGACAGUGUGAAGUCGUGUGGCCCGGUGUCGUCUGCUCUGACCGACCGCAGGGACAGUCUGCGCUGGAGCCGAGACGAACUGCUGUCCCAACUCAAACCCAUGUUCAACAGUAUAAAAUGGUCUUGUGGAGGCAACAGUUCUGUGGAGCUCUCAGUGGAGCAGAUGGUGCAACAGAUCCUAGAAACACAACAGACCAAACCACAACCUCGAACACACACCUGCCUCUGCGCAUCUCCCGGAUCCAACAUUCCUCACCGCUGCAACAGCACCAAACAUCGCAUCAUCUCGCCCAAACUGCCCACCUCUCACCCCGCCCUCAGCGAGCUGCUGAAUCUGGCCAAUGAGGGCUCAGAGGUCGGGCGGGAGGCGGGACCGGGCGACGCGUUAGUUGCUGUUGUGCCUUCAGAGAGGAAGCAGCCUGAAGAGGGCGGGCGAGGCGAUGAUCUCGGGGGCGUGGCUUCUCCAUGCUCCACCUCCUCCUCCUCAUCUUCCAGUCCGCCCCAAACGCAGCAGGCGGCGACAAUCGCUCUUAGCAAUGGAAACGGAUUCUAUGGUGACCAGCGGGGUGGAUUGGCGGCACUCAUCGUCAUGACGACGGCGGCGCCGGUGGGGCGUGGCUGUGGGGAGGAGCCAAACGCAGAGUUAGGCUCCACCCACCUGUCGCUCACCCGCGCCGGUGGACGUCUCGUUAUAUCUCCUGUGCCGCCCAAACAGGACACGCCCUCCCUGCCAAGCUCCACCUCCCCACAGAGCCCCGCCCCUCCCAAUCAGGGUGUGGCCACACUGUCACUCACUCUCCUGCCCAGCCCUGUGAUUGGAGGACUGCUGCUGACCGACACCCCCGGGACACUCCUGCCCCCAAACCCAACGUCGCCAUCGCCCUUGCUGCUUCCGUUUGACCCUGAAUCCUUCCUAAACAGCCCCAAACAGGGGCAGACCUACGGAGGACCCGCCCUCACGCCCCACUCACUCUCCGCCUCCUCUUCCCCGUCUCCACCUCCUUCUACAUCUCCUCAGCCGCCAUCUCUGGCUCUGUCUCUUUCUCCCACAUCUCCUCCAUCGUCACUAUCCUCCCUCUCUUCUGAGACGGAGAGGAAGAGUAUUCCGGGUUGUCCCUCGCCCUCGCUGUCUCUUUCGCUCUCUCCGGCGCGAACGAUUCCCACGCUGCUCCCGCUGUGUCUGGAGUUGUCUUUAGGACUCGAUUCGAUGAGUUCCCCUCUGUCUGUCCCGCCCUCCGACGACAGAGCUCCUCCCACCGGAUUCGCCGCUCAAGCCCCGCUCGGUCAUCUCCUGACCAAUCUGCUCUCGCCCGCCACCCAAAUAACACCCUCCCUCGAAGUGCUACCGACCAAUCAGCUGCCUCCAGAGGGAGAAAAGGCGGAGUCACAGCACUCCAUGUGCAUUCACCCUCCGAAUCGACUCUCUGUGGUUCAGGGCGGAGUGAAGCUGCUGAUCACAGGCCCGUGGUCAGAGACGGACAGCCGAUACUCGUGUGUGUUUGACCAGAGCAGAGUUCCUGCUUCUCUCAUCCAGCCAGGAGUCCUGCGCUGUUACUGUCCAGCUCAUGAAGCUGGACUCGUCGCUCUGCAUGUGUUGAAGGACUCCAGCGCCGUCUCCUCUUCUGUGCUGUUUGAGUAUCGCGCUCGCAACGCCUCAUCGUUACCAAGCUCACAGCUGGACUGGUUAUCACUGGAUGAUAACCAGUUCAGGAUGUCGAUUCUGGAGCGUUUGGAGCAGAUGGAGCGGCGAAUGGCAGAAAUGUCGAAUAACAAUCAGCAGAAUCAACACAUGAAUCACUAUCAUCAGCAGCUGUCGAGGAACCAGAGCUCCGCUCCACACUUGACUCCUGAAAACCAGGUACGAACACAUACACUCACUCUCAUACACGCACACAUACGCUGGAGGAGUAUCAGUGUGAAUAGUUUGGAUCUGGAACAGGAAGUGGAUCCUCUGAACGUUGAUCAUUUUUCCUGCACACCGCUGAUGUGGGCGUGUGCUCUGGGGCAUCAGGCCGCGGCUGUGUUGUUGUACCGCUGGAGCAGCGCGGCUCUGGGAAUCCCGGACUCUCUGGGUCGUCUGCCUCUGGCUGUGGCACACUCCCGUGGACACACACGUCUAGCGCGCUGUCUGGAGGAGUUACACACACACUCUCAGACGCAGGAACACACACCGGACACACCCUCACCUCCGUACCGACCCCUGUCUCCACUGUCCUGCAGCCCUGACACGGGUCUGAGCUCGUCCAGCAGUGUCCCCUCCCCCAGUGACCUGCCCUCUCCCUCCCCAAGCUCCGCCUACUCCAGUGGCUCUGUUACGGACCCCAUAGACUCCGCCUCCUCCCCGUUCUCAGCCCCGCCCCCUGCCGGUUCCACCGACUCGCUCUUCCUGAUGGACUGUGAGGCCUCGAGCCCCUCGGCGCCGGCCGUGUUGCUUCACUCGGAGCUCGCCGACGAGCUGCUCAGCUACAGCGAGAACGCCGAGAACGAGGACUACCUGUGUGACGAGGUGCUGCAGGUUGACAUGGCAACGCUGACCGAGCAGAUCAUCGAGGCCACGCCUGAGCGAAUCAAACGGGAGGAGUUUAGCCGGGAGGCGGAGUCACCGCUGCGAGAGAGGCGGGACAAUCCUGCCAUUCACGACACCAUGCCGUGGCUCGCCACAUACCUCGACACCGUCGACAGGGGUCUGUGUCCCACCCCUCCAUCGCUCCUCAGUGAUUUGGCGCUGCAGAGGCUCCGCCCCCCGAGCAGCGUGGCGUGGGCGGAGUUUCUGAACGCCUCAGCCAAUGGGAGGAUGGAGAGAGACUUUGCUCUGCUGACGCUGACGGACACGGAGCAGAGAGAGCUGUAUGAAGCUGCGCGCAUCAUCCAGAACGCCUUCCGCAGAUACAAGGGGCGGAGGCUGAAGGAGCAGCAGGACAUGGCCGCAGCCGUAAUCCAGCGCUGUUACCGCAAAUACAAACAGCUAACAUGGAUAGCACUGAAGUACGCCUUGUAUAAGAAGAUGACGCAGGCAGCCAUACUGAUUCAGAGCAAGUUCCGCAGUUAUUACGAGCAGAAGAAGUUCCAGCAGUCGCGGCGAGCAGCCGUCCUCAUCCAGCAGUACUACCGCAGCUAUAAAGAGUAUGAGCGCGUCAAGCAGGGGCCACGCGGCCCCGGGGCCCUCAACACCAGGCUCAAAGGCUCGUUCCUGACCAAGAAACAGGAUCAGGCGGCGCGGAAGAUCAUGCGCUUCCUCAGACGCUGCAGACACAGGUACACGUCUCUGACUCGCGUCUCCAUCCCGCACCGAUCGAACUCAAGCCAGUCGCUCUCAACCAGAGUAUAA